AUUCUCCGUGACUUGUCAUAAUCAGCGGUAGUGCUUGUAGUGAGUGUGAAGUAUUUUAAGUAUGGACCAUUUUGAAACACUUCUGCGCCGCAUCUCCACUACUUCAAAAGACUAGUUGAUGUGACACUGGUGUUGAAGGAGGUUUUUAUGGAUUUAGUGACAAAUUAACAAUAUUUCUAGGCACUACACAAUUCCACGAGUGUUUUUUAACAUUAUCAACUGGAGAAACACUCUUGGAAACCCGGCUGAUCAUCUCUGUGGCCUUUGAAUAUAUACGUGGUGUGACAAGGUGAAGGGAGCUGUGACGAGCUGUGAUGGCCACUCAGAGGAUUGCUGUGGUGACGGGAGGAAACAAGGGCAUUGGAUUUGCCAUUGUUAAGGAACUGUGUGCCAAGUUUGAGGGCCGAGUUUACUUGACAGCCAGGGAUGAGGGCCGGGGUGCCACUGCGGUCCAGGAACUGAAGAAGCUGGGCCUGUCGCCACACUUUCACCAGCUGGAUAUUGAUAACCAGGACAGCAUCAACAAGUUUGCCGCAUACAUCAAGAAUACCUAUGGCGGACUUGACGUCUUGGUGAACAAUGCAGCCAUUGCUUAUAAGCGGGCCGCCACAGAGCCGUUUGGGGAACAGGCUGAGAACACCAUCAGGGUGAACUACUUUGGCACCCUGGCAGUGUGUCACGCCCUCUUCCCUCUGCUGCGGCCCCAUGCCAGGGUGUGCCAUGUGUCCAGCUCCUGCGGCCACCUAUCAGAGAUCUGUGGGGACGAGCCAGCUGCUGCACAGCUGAGGGCCAAGCUGUCUGCUGACACACUCACUGAGGACCAGCUGGCUGAUCUCAUGAACCAAUUUGUGGAAGCAGCCAAGGAUGGCACAUUUCGCCAGAAGGGUUGGCCAGGUAGCACAUAUGUGGUCAGCAAGGUCGGGGUGUCAGCACUGACUCGUAUUCAGCACCGUGCCUUCCUCAGCGACCCGAGAGAGGAUUUGGUGAUCAACAACUGCCACCCAGGAUACGUUGAUACCGACAUGACCUCACACAAGGGCCCCAUGAGCAUUGAGCAGGGAGCAGUGUGCCCUGCCUACCUGGCCCUGCUGCCCCCCAACAUCUCAGAGCCCAGGGGAGCCUAUCUGUGGCAUGACAAGUCUGUGGUGGACUGGACUAACAAGAAGCCUGCCCCUGUGUGAUGCUGCCACACACACACACACACACACACACACAUUAAAUAAAUAAAUGAAUAAACACAUAAAAGAUACACAAUUAUACAUAAUUCAAAACAGAACAUAUCAAAAUUCACCAGGUCCUGUAUAAUUGGAAAUAGGUAAAUACACACCAAUACUGGCCUGUAAUGCUCAGGAUUAAAUUAGCACUGAGUCAUUAGGGAAGUGUAAAAGAAGAUUAAACAAAUUCAUGGAUGAGGAUGGCAGUUGGAAAUAAGUAGGUGUUUCAUGCUGGGACUGCCAUGUGCCUGAUGACUUCUUGCAGCUUCCUUUAUGCUCUUGUUCUUAUGUUCUUAUGAAGCCGUGGUGUCUAUAAAAGCUGUGCAGACCCAUAAGGAGAUAGAGAUGUUAAAAGAAGUAAUGAUGAUGACAAUGUUGAUAAUAUGAUAAUGUCACAAUUCAGGAGCUUCACUUCAGCUUCAGCUAAGGGAGAGGAGAGCAACAAACAGAACAUGUCACUCUGUAUUUUUUAUUGUGAUUUUGUUCACAAGAGUAAACACAUUGUGGCCUUGUUAAUGUGUACUCAGUAAUAUGUGAAGACAACUUUUUAUGUUAAUCACCAUGGCAGCUCACAGCAACAUAAUUUGUUAUGAAUAAAUACACUGCAUCUGA